AAGAUACCUUGAUCUACGUGCGAUAGUAGGAAACAAGGAAGAUACUAGACUUGUGGCACACAGCGCUGGUGAAAAAUCAAUUCUACCGUAAUUGCAAAACAAAUAUUACCCUUGCUAGUCGGAACAGAUGGCGAAGAAUAAAUGUGUGGUUUUACUAGGAUAUGAGGAUGAACCAAUCACCGAAAAGGAUAAGCCGUACCUCAAUCAUACAGUGAACAAAAUCGGUGGAGUUCCGAACUGGCCCUCCUCAGAAAUUGCUAUAGCUCCGUGCCCACUGUGUGGGCAAAAUCGUUCACUGAUAAUGCAGAUAUAUGCACCAUUAGAAAAUUCCCAAUUUCAUAGAACGUUAUACAUCUUUGCAUGUCUGAACGCUCCCUGUUCUACACAAUCGCAGAGCUGGAUUUGCGUGCGAGCUCAAGCGUUGGAGAAGAGCCCAGUGGAUAGCGAGGCUGGACUGAAAGCAUCGAAUCAGGUUGUAAAAAACACUGCCAGUAACAUCUCCUGGUGUAGCGGAGCAGACGAUUGGGAUGAUGACGGUGCUAGUGCUGCCAUCACUUAUAUGCGAGUCGACACCGAAAAUAUACCGGAUCUAGCGAAUGAAGAAAACGGAAAUAUCAUUCGGUACGAACCCAGCCGAAUUUCCGACGAAGACGAUGAAAGUAACUCGUUAGAGAACGAUCCGGUGCCAGGGUUUGGAAAACUUCGUGUCGAUGAAAAGAAUGCUAAUGGAGCUGCCGCCCAGGAUAUCAUAGUAGAUAAUCCUUAUGCCUGCAAAGCGACAGCUGAAAUCGAAGGAAUGGAAGAAGGCGUAAUAUUAGUGGAGACGCCUGUUUCUCCAAAAAGAGACUUGAUAGCACUGUUAAAACAACCACAGAUUAUUCCGCGGGAUGUGAUCAAUUUGACCUUAAGUAGUUCAUACAUUAGCGUUGACGAAGAACGUUCUUCUUCACCGAAUAUUUCCGACCAUGUGCGAGAGUUACUACAAGAGUAUCAAAAAAAAGAAGAGGUGAAAACUAGUCCAGAUAGUCCAGUGGGUCAGGGCAUUGCCAGUGGUGGACAACCCGCAAUCGGAGAACAAGAACUGUACGAGAAAGAUGCUAUUAUUCACGGAGACACGAUGUUCCACAGUUUCCUGACCAAACUGCAGAAAAAUCCUGGACAAAUUUUACGGUAUUCUCGCAAUGCUCAGCCGGUUCUGAUCGCUCCCCUAAAGGAGGUGCUUUCACCAAGAUGCCAACAUUGUGGUAGUGAAUUGAUUUGCGAAGUACAAAUCUUACCAACUUUAAUCGACAAAUUACGUUUGGAGGCCACUGGGGAUCGAGUUCCAAUCGAUUUCGGAACCAUCCUAAUAUGGACCUGUAUGAAAAGCUGCUGGGACACACCGGAUAGAAUGCGUACAGAAAUGGUAUUGGUGCAACAAGAAUCUCAGAGUUUUACUUCUCAUUUAGAAUGUACACAGUAAUGGCUUCCAAGCCAAAGGCAUUUGUGUUAAAAUUUUACAUCCAUACUUGACAAGCCAAGUAUUUAUCACUUUUUGAAGAUAUUUCGGAUGAAAAUUAUUUAUUUCGAUCUUUGUUUUCAAUGUUUUUCAGCUCGUAUCAAUACACACUAUGAACAGUUGGAAGAAGAUUAUAAUUGGAUGAAUCUUCUUUAAAUUCGGUUAGAUACAGAACACAAUUACAGGAAGCUCGAAAGAAACAAAUAUGUAUUUGUUUCUAUCCGAGAUAUCGCUCGAUAUAGGCAUUUAGUGCAAUAAUGCAUCAUGUCAAUUGAAACCUCUACCUUUUGAUCGGAGAUAAGGAACAGAAUGAUAAACGUAAACGUAUUGUACCUUGCAAGAGCGCUAAUGAUCCAAACAAGAUAGCUUGCUAUUGGCGAUGGAGAAUUUUGAUAGAAAAUUUUAACGCAAGACAUUUUAAUGUAGGGGAUUUUAAAAAAAUAUCCAGCAGUAGUGACAAUUAGAGAAAGUUCUUUUCCCUACAAUAUUACACUAUCGAAACAUCACUGAAUAAUAAUUUCAUGUGAUCCUUACACAAGGCCAGAAUACUAAAUCACAUUAUAAUACAAUUGGAAAAAAGCGUGAUAGUGUUAUAAACGAAAAAUACCAAAUUUGUUUGAAACUAAUUAGUCCGGUGUUAUUUAGUAGCAGUUGAAAAUGAUUGGAAAAUGAAACUUAUUAAAAUUAAAUAACUAUUGAACCAUCAUCAUUGGCAGCAUUUGU